AUGUCAAGGAAAACCCGUUGCACCAGAUGCUCUGGAAGUCAUUCUAAUACAGACAACGCAUGCAAAGAAAAAUUCUGUUGCCCACACUGCCCCGAGGAAAAUAAUGAACAUUCCGCGGCGGGGAGGAAAUGUCCUCUUUAUCGCCAUGAGGAAGCGGUUAUUCGUGUUAAAACGGAUGAGUCCAUCUCCUGGGCGGAAGCUCGGAAGAGGGUUAGCUUGCCAAACGCUAGACCCACAUAUGCGUCGGUUGCCGACGCGGACAAUGUUCAAAAAGAUAAGCUUAUUGAAACGCUGGUUGCCAGCUUGAAAAAUCUUACGGAAAAAGUGAACAUCCUAAUGAAAGAAAACGAAAAAUAUGCUAAGAUAGAAACGGAAUUCUCUAUGUAUAAAGAAAGAGUGAAAAAUUAUUUACGAGAACACAAUAUUUCGCCAGCUAUGACUCCAACUAAGGAGCGCAGUCAAGCUACUACUCCCACAAGCCGAUCCGGUACGACAACACCAGUUUCAAAUCAACAGCAAGAAAAUUUUCACAAAGCACUUCAACAACAGCUUCAAAAACAACAAAAACAAGAGCAACAGCCUAAAUUAGGAUUUCAAGCACCAAAAUCAGUUCCAAAAAAACCUACAGUUACCCUGCCACCUCCAAUGUCUACAAGACAAACAACCAAAACCAAUCAAUCGCAAUCGAAAAAUUCUGAGAAACCAGGAAAGCGAGGACCACAAUCUCCGCUAGCAAACAAAAAGAAAAAUAAAAACGCAAAACAAGAAGAGGAAGAAGAGGAAGAGGAAGAAGAAACUCUAGAAGAUUCGGAUGAUGGAAUGGAACAAGGAGAGCAACGAGAGGAACAACAAGGAUCCCAAUCUAAGGAUCAGUUUUUUCGCAAGUAA